UCUAUUUCUAAGAGCAAAAAUGGAUAACAGCCACAACAGCAAUGAAGCAAAUAGAGACGAAGAAACAAGUCCUCCAGUGAGCCCAGUAUCACAGAGCUUGAACAGUAAAAUCGCAUCACUCAUCAUUUACGUUGUUUUCGAACUAGAAAAAUCGAUCACAGAAUUUGAAACACUAGAUUUUUUGCGCACCCAUUUGGUACCACAAAACGUUCGUUUUUCUUCGAUUAUGGAGAGAAACAAGAAAGGUGUUUUAAGGUGGAAACGGGUUGGUAUACAUCUCGAAGAUCAUAUAAUCGUUCCAACAUUCCCCAAUGGUUUAACUAGAGAACAUUACGAUGAAAUGUUGCGAGAAUACAUAUCGAAGAUAGGUUGUGAGAACUUUCCAGAAGGAAAACCAUUAUGGGAAGUUCAUUUAGUUAAGUACCCAAGUACGAAGGGUGCUUGUACUAUGAUCUUUAAGUUUAGUCAUGCAAUUGGUGACGGUUAUUCAUUUAUGAGAGUCUUUUUCAAGUGUUGUGGAAGAGCUGACAAACCUUCACUUCCUCUUACUUUUCCGAAAAUGUCACUGGUGAAAACACAACCGCAAGAUCAUGGUAAUCGUGUAAUAGGAUUAGGGAAGAAGUUGUUAGGGUUGAUGGGUACGUGCAUUAAUACAUCUUAUGAUAUAGUUGAGACUAGUCUAAGGGUAACGUGUUUAGAAGAUCCUCCAUCUGCAAUCCGGUAUUCAUACACAUCGAAGAAAAGGGAGUUACUCAGACCUUUUAAUGUCUACUCAGUGACGAUUUCACUUGAAAGAGUCAAGCAAGUUAGAAUCAAGCUUGGAGCGACAGUAAAUGAUGUAAUCAUCGGACUACUGUCGUAUAUGAUUCACUUGUACACGGAGAGGAAGAAGAAGCUGAUGGAGCCGUACGGUGAAGAAGACGGCCUCCUGAUGAUGGACUCCAAUGGUGCAACAAAUAUGACCUUAUGUGUUAUGGUAAACACGAGAGUAUUUAAAGGCGCAAAGAACUUAGAUGAUAUGAUAAAGGCAGAAGCAUGGGGGAACCGUUCUAGUAUCGCGUUUGCGAAGUUACCAUCUUUUCCAAAUGAUGAGCAAGUGAAUCCUCUUGAUUUUAUAAUCACGGCAAAAAAGAAUAUGGACAGAAAGAAGAAUUCCUUGAUAUUACCUCUUCUAGAUCCUUUUCUAAAGACUGCGACACGGGUGCUGGGGCAAAAGGUGACUAACGGAGUUUUGUAUAAAAGCUUUAAGAACUCGAGUACGAUGAUAUCGAAUCUGAUAGGGCCAAAAGAGCAAAUGGCGUUCAUGAACCACCCUGUUAGCAAUUGUUACUAUAUUGUCUCGGGUAUACCUCAGAGUACUACGUUUACAUCAGUGACGAACAAUGAUAAAUUGAUGGUUGUGGUAACAAUGGAGAAGGAAUUUAUUGAUUCAGAACUCUUCACUUCUUGUAUGGAUGAAGCCUUUGAAAACAUUUUCCAAGCAGCUUUCGGAGAUAAUCAAGACAGGGACGACAACAAAAUCAAGAAUAAAUCCGACUAGAUGAAGUCCUUUCUAAUCAUUCUAGACGCACGAAAUUUAAAAUCGCUAGCUUCUAUUAUUUCUUAUUCGGACGGUCAUCCAAAAAUAAUAAUAUGUCAUAAGCAUAACAAUUUUGAGUAUUGCUGAAGCAUCAUCGGGAACACUUAGAAUUUUUCCUAGUGUAACUUUUCUUUUAAACAGGAAUAAAAUUUGUUGU